UUAGAUAUCACUUCUUCCAGAGUAGAAGACGCCGGAAAAUACACGUGUCUUGCGGUCAACCAUUUGGGUGAAGCGGAAACCUCUUGUAAUAUAAUAAUCGAAGCCAAAAGAGCGGUUCCGCAUCACUCGCCCUCUCCUGUUGUCAUAUCUCCGCCAACUACGCGAAUCUCGACACCAACUCCCAGAUCACCCGUUCCUCCCUUAGACACAUACAUCAGAGACUAUAAGGCAGAGUCGAAACGACAACAACAAUCGUAUUCAUCGAAAAGACACGACUCAUCCAAUUAUUCUUCACAUCAAACGUACUCUUCGGACACCUCUUCAUACCGAAGCUCUUCACUCAAGAGUUCAUCGAAAUAUCAGUCAAACUAUAGUUCGAGUAAAUAUAAAUCCGACUCAAAGACAUCGGCGAUUGGUUCAGGUUCUUCAUCGUAUUCCGAUUCUAAACGAUCGGUUCCAUUGAGUACAUCGCCGACAACACCGACAACGCCUGGAGGCUCCAGAAGAAGGCAAAGUACUAAAGAGAUCGCACUCGAGAAGAAUGACUUCAUUGCACCGGAAUUUACUGACAAAUUAAAGGACUUGAAGAUCAAAGACGGCGAGUCAUUGACUUUGAAGGCUGUGGUGAAAGGCGACCCCGAGCCUCAGAUUCAGUGGCUAAAGAAUGGCAAACCAUUAUCUUCAUCAGACAUCAUAGACUUGAAGUACAAGAAUGGUGUGGCGAGUCUUAACAUCAAUGAAGUGUUUCCCGAGGAUGAGGGCGACUACGAGUGCAUCGCAACCAACUCUGAGGGAAAAGUAUCGACAAAAUGCAAAUUAACUAUAAUUCCAAUGGAAGAGAAACCAAAGUCAGAAACGGGUCCUUCAAAACCGCCUCGAAUUGUUGAACACUUAAACAGUUCAUCCAUUAGUGAUGGACAACCCGUUACUCUCAAGUGUAACAUUAAAUGCCAAACAAAAUUUGACAUCAUUUGGUUGCAUAACGACAAAGAGAUUAAGUCGAGCCCAGACUUCCUCUAUAAGACCGAAGGCGACAAUUAUUUGCUCGAAAUUCCUGAGAUAUUCCCCGAAGACUCUGGUAUUUACACGUGUGAGGCAUUCAACGACGCCGGAGAGGCAUUCAGUAGCUGUACUCUGGAUGUUAAUGUGCCCAACGAAGAGCCUAAAGGCCCCGGUAUUACCCUUUACCCACAAUCAGUGACAACCCAUGAGGGCUCAAAAAUCACAUUCAAUUUAGAGACCAUUAGAAGCGCCCAAACAGUCGAAUGGAUUAAAGACUCGAAACCAGUGGAGGAAUCGAGUGGUAAUCAGACGAGUAAAUCGUCGGAUAAUGCGUUCAGUUUAACGAUACCAUCGGUGAGACUGACAGAUGUGGGCCAAUACACGGCCAAAGCUACCGACGCGACGGGCACUUCUUCGGCCACAUUCUCAUUGAAUGUCAUGACUGAAGCGGAUCUCUGAACAAC